AGGCCGGCGUUCUUUCCGGGGGUUAUGGGAGGGCUCUGGUGUCCGGGAUGGAAGCUCGUGGCUCUGUGUGGCCGGGGAUGGAGCCGGUCCGGGUGGUCGGGGCGGACUGUGGUGAACGCAGAGCGGGUUCUUAAACCGGGGUGGAACGGACUCGGAGGCGCGGACGGGGGACUGAGACGCCUCGGGACAUGGAAGCGCCCGAGCGGGGCCCGGGGUCCCACCGCGCAGCCGCCACGGCGGCCGAGGAGCAGCAACCCUUUCCAGCGCGCGCAGGAGGACGAGUGGCGGCGGCGGAACAAGACGGUGCUCACGUACGUGGCGGCGGCCGCCGUGGGCAUGCUGGGGGCCUCCUACGCCGCGGUGCCGCUCUAUCGGCUCUACUGCCAGACUACUGGACUGGGAGGGUCAGCCGUAGCGGGACACUCAUCGGACCAGAUUGAAAACAUGGUGCCUGUGAAGGAUCGGAUCAUUAAGGUCACCUUCAAUGCUGAUGUUCAUGCCAGUCUCCAGUGGAACUUCAGACCUCAGCAAACAGAGAUAUAUGUGGUACCAGGAGAGACUGCACUGGCGUUUUAUAAAGCUAAGAAUCCUACUGACAAACCAGUAAUUGGAAUUUCUACAUAUAAUGUUAUACCGUUUGAAGCUGGGCAAUAUUUCAAUAAAAUACAGUGCUUCUGUUUUGAAGAACAAAGGCUUAAUCCACAAGAAGAAGUAGAUAUGCCAGUGUUUUUCUACAUAGAUCCUGAAUUUGCAGAAGAUCCAAGAAUGGUGAACGUCGAUCUCAUCACUCUUUCUUAUACUUUUUUCGAAGCGAAGGAAGGACACAAGUUGCCACUUCCAGGCUAUAAUUGAAGUAGCUCUCAAGACCUGCUUCAGAUUGGUGAUUUUUGGAAAAUCAUAUAUUGUGCUUUCUCAGAAGAGAAAUAUUCUACAGUAAUAUAUUUUUGAAACCUUGUAUUUUAAAUGGUUUUACCUUUCUUUCUUUGCAACUUCAUUAAUCCCACUUACGACUGAGAGUACAAGUUCAAAACUCAGUCUGUGGUGAAAAGAUGCUGCUAUCCUAUGAAGGUGCUUAAGGACAGGAAACAAUACUGCUCUGUUUUAAGUAGUAGAAUAUGAAUGUUGUUCAUAUUCUAAGCUUGAAGAACAUAUGACUGCCCAGGGUAUCAUGAAUGUGACUAUUAAAAACUGCAGCAUGGGCCAGGGAGGUGAAUCAAUGGGUUAAAGCGUUUGCCACAAAGGCCUGACAACUUGAGUUCUGGGUUCCAGAACCAGCCUUAAAAGAGUGAGUGUAGGAGCUCACAUCUGUAAUCCCAGUGUUCCUACAGUGAGAUGGGAGGUUGAGCCAGGAGAAGCAGAUUCCUGUAUAUGCAUGAUCUGGCUGCCCACACACAGAUUAAACUGCUUUAAUAGUUCAGUUCAAUUCCUCCUGAAGUAUUAGCCCUUCAUACCUAUAAUAAUGUAUCUGAAAACUUCGAAAAAGAAACUAUACACGAGAGUUUUAGUUCAUAGGCAUGCUGUUUGGUGUUUUCCUUCAGUAUAAACUGACACCAUUUAAAUUUUUUAAAAUUUAUUUAUCUUCUUUAAUAUAUGGUACCCAUGCUGCAGCAGACAAUGUAGUAGUCAGUGGGCAAGCUGUGUGAGACAGCUUUCUCUACUGUGAGGGUCUUAGGAAUUAGAGACGGCAGCAAAUGCCUUCACCUGCUGAACUCUUUUGGCUGAACCAAAAGAAAACUCUGUGGAAGAGAAGUCACUUGCUCUCAAGUUUGCAUUCUUAGUUCAAGCAUGGCUUUUUUCUGUUAAUCUUGAGGGCUGUUUUAUUCAGAGUACUGACUAGAUAAUCACCUGGAAAUGAUGGUACCAUGAUCUAACAGAAGAAUUACAUCUGCUGCUCUAAGCUAGCAUUUACCAUCAUAAUUCCGAAUUCAUUAACGUUAUCAUGUAAGGGUGAAAUUGUGAAGACCUACUGACAUAAAAGCUCAUUAAACUAGAAGACAAAACAAAAACAACACAACUCUGACAAAUUAAUAGUAAUUUAAUUUUAUGUAAAUAAUGCAUUGUCCUGUUUUCCAGUUAUAUUUGUUUCAAAUCAGAAUGUAAAUUAUAAUAAAAGGCAAAAAUGUUUAACAUUAUAAAGAACUAACUACACCUAAAGGCCACCUGAUGUAGUAGCCUGCUUAGGCACUUGAAAUAUCAUUAAACAAGUCAUCAAGUUUUUCAAGCAAUUCUAAACCAAAAUGUUAUUUAUAAACAAGUACAAACUGAAUUCUACAUUCAGAUUCAGUUAAGUAAAGGCACUCAUUUUCUUCCUUUCCCCAUCUGUUUACAAUGUUUUAUAGUAGGAUGAUCGAUCUUAAAGUACCCCUAUCAUAGAUCUGUCAUGAUUUGUACUGGUAGCAAUGCCUGCACAACGUAAGAGUCCACAGUUUAACCAGCUGGCCUAGUACUAGGCAGUUUUCCUCACAGCCAGAUUUUCCUGAAAUCUCAAGCCAUUGUCAGGAUCAGCAGUGUUGUCCAGGAAGUGUUAACUCUUCUCUUGAAGCUUCCAGCAGAGAAAAGGUCCACUGAGGUUUCCCUGUUGGCAGGUCUUGUCUUCAGGCCUCAGUUGAUCAGGGACUACUUUAGAGAGCUGGCCCUUUGUGAGGCUCAGUUCAUGUAUCUAAAAUAAAGAGAAGACAUUGGCCCAUCUGCCCUUCCUGAAUGACUAGAAGACCACAGUUAAGCAGCAGAAAGGCUGGAAUUUACUUCCCCCAUAGUUACAGAUGAGAAGGGAAUAAAAAGAACAGGUCAGUGGUGACCAGGUAUCCAGUAGUGUGGGAACAGGAUAACGGGUGCAAGAGCACUAAUGAUGGGCUCUGUUGGUCCAGGUCUGUAAGCCCACCAGAACCAUUAGAGCUGCAUUAAAAUGACAAGGAAUUUCUACUGAUCAUCUGGUUUUGUUAGCAUUAAUACUUAUAUACCCAAAACCAACUUUUGAUUUCCAUGCCUCAUUUCUAGAUAAGAGAACAGAGAUUAUAUUUCAUUAGUGGGCACUGGUCAUCACUAAGUAAUUCAGAGGAACUCGGUAUUAUACUAAAGCAAGUGUCAGACGUAGGUGGUCCUUACAGAAUUCCAUACAAAAUGUGAUAAUUCCACUGCAAUUAUAGGAAAGUUAAGUUGCAUAAGUUAGUGUCAUUUACCUCAGCAGUCACUAUGACUUUGAGUUCCUUUCUGGUAGUUAGCAUCAAUUUCUUCAUAAACAGCUCUAAAAGAAAAGCCACCAAGGCAGAAGAAUUACACAUCAGUUUCAAAGUACCAUUAUUACCACCACUGGAACUAAAAAUACAGGCUUUUGGGGGGAGGUCAGGCAUCAUAAGUGAAUUAAAACAGAGAUCUUUAACCUUGAACUUAUUCUAACAUAAAGUAAUAUUAGCGUCUUUCUUAUGUCUUUUCAAACCCAAGUUAUCUUUACUUUUGAUUUAAAGGAAAACUAUGAUUCAAAUUUGGGCAGUUUGGUCUUUUUUUUUUUUUAAACUUCAAAGAUAAAGCUCUGGGUUUUAAAAUAUUUAAAACAUUUUAAGUCUGCCUUAUUUAACAUUGUAUUAUAAUCUAAACAGGAGAAACCUGUAGCUUGUAUUGGUCAUCUUUGUACCUUUAAUAAAUUAUAAUUUUUAAUGAUUUA